AUGCACCGACGUCUCCUUGUCUCUGGAAUCCCAGAGUCUCUGCCUCCUCUCCAACCCUCACCUGCCCCUCCCUGCCUUCCCUGUAUCGAGGGGCGGCAGCGCGCCGCUCCUCACUCCUCCUCGUUCCCCCCGACGACUGCUCCCCUGCAGACCCUACACAUGGACGUGUGGGGCCCAGCCCGCGUCCGUGGACAGGACCGCGAGCGGUACUUUUUGCUGGUCGUUGACGACUACACGCGUUACACCACGGUCUUCCCCUUGCGCACCAAGGGUGAGGUCCCUGAUGUUUUGAUCCCUUGGAUCCGCGCUGCCCGUCUCCAGCUCCGCGAGCGGUUCGAGACGGACUUUCCAGUCCUGCGUCUGCACUCUGACAGAGGUGGUGAGUUUGCCUCUGACUUUCUUCGGGACUUUGGUCGUGGGGAGGGCAUUCGCCAGACGUUCACGCUUCCGGCCUCUCCACAGCAGAAUGUGGUUGCUGAGCGCCGCAUUGGCUUAGUCAUGGAGGUCGCUCGUACCUCCAUGGUCCAUGCGGCUGCCCCGCAUUUUCUGUGGCCGUUUGCGGUCCGAUACACUGCGCAUCAGCUCAACCUCUGGCCCCGUGUCUCCUUCCCGGAGACCUCGCCCACCCUACGGUGGACGGGGAAGGUUGGUGAUGCGUCGGUGUCCCGGGUCUGGGGUUCUCGUGCCUUUGUCCGCGAUACUACCACGGACAAGCUCUCCGCCCGUGCUAUUCCCUGCGUCUUCCUUGGCUUUGUCCCUGACGCGCCUAGCUGGCAGUUUUACCACCCCACCUCGCGCCGUGUCCUGCCCUCUCAGGACGUCACGUUCGACGAGUCGGUUCCCUUUUACCACCUAAACCCCUACCGCACUGCCUCUCUCCCCCCCCCGCCGCUCUUCCUUGCACCAGGUCCUACUCCGGUAGACCCCCUCCCCCCUCAAUGUCCUGCUCCCUCAGGUGUGUCUCAGGUAGACGCUGUCGAGCCUGUCGAGGUCGCGGUUGACUCUGGUGCUGCUACUGGGGGUGGUGCUGCUAGGGGUGCUGAGCCUGAGCGUGCGGAGCCUGGGGGUACCUCGUCUCGGCGGGAGCCUCUCUCUCCACCGCAGCUGCGCGAGUGGUUUGCUCGCCGCUGGAGACUCCAGCGAGGAGCUGAUGGAGCUGGAGCUGCUGGAGGUACUGCUGGUGCUGGAGCUGCUGGAGGUGCUGGAGCCGCUGGUCUCGGAGGUGCUUGUGCUGGAGGUACUGGAGCUGCUGGGGCUGGUGGUGCUGCUGGAGCUGGAGCUGCUGGAGGUACUGCUGGUGCUAGAGCUACUGGAGGUGCUGGAGCCGCUAGUCCCGGAGGUGCUCGUACUGGUGGUACUGGAGCUGCUGGAGCUGGAGGUGCUGCUGGAGCUGGAGCUGCUGGAGGUACUGCUGGUGCUGGAGCUGCUGGAGGUGCUGGAGCCGCUGGUCCCGGAGGUGCUCGUACUGGAAGUACUGGAGCUGCUGGGGCUGGUGGUGCUGCAGGAGUUGGAGCUGGAGGCGCUGGAGCUGUUGCUGCUGAAGGUGCUGCUGGAGCUGGAGCUGCUGGAGGUGCUGGAGCUGGUGGUGCUGCGGGAGUUGGAGCUGGAGACCCUGGAGCUGGAGGGUGA